AUGGCUUCCACAAAAGGAUCCCUCACAAUAACCCACAUCGGCACAGCAACAUCCAUCAUCGAUAUCGACGGCGUCAAACUCCUCACAGAUCCCUUCUUCUCCCCGGCCGGAACAGAAUGGGAUGUGGGCAUUACCAUCCUCAAAAAUACCGAUACCCCAGCCUUGAGUUUAGAAACCCUCCCGCCCAUCGACGCAAUUCUACUCAGUCAUGAAGAUCACCCGGACAACCUCGAUGAACUCGGGCGCCGUCUUCUCGAUGGCCGUCAUGUUCUUACCACCCUUGAUGGUGCUAGAAAACUUGCUCCUAGACCUGGUGUUCGUGGCCUCAAUCCCUGGGAGACAGUGACGCUGAUAGCCGGGGGGAAAACAUUCCGUGUGACUGGUACACCAUGCCAACAUCUCCCAGGAGGAGAAUGCACAGGUUUCAUUGUGGAAUAUGACGACUUCGGCGUCAGUCCAGAUGGACAACCAAACGCAAUCUACAUCUCAGGCGAUACCGUCUACGUCGAGGAACUUUCCCGCACCAUCCCUCAAAAAUGGAAUAUCACAAUCGCCAUUUUGAACUUCGGAAACGCACAUGUUCCCACUCCGGAUGGAGGAGCACUCCAGGUUACGAUGGACGGAAAACAAGGUGCUCGAUUGUUUCGGGAGCUUGGGGCAGAUGUUCUUGUGCCGAUGCAUUUUGAGUCUUGGGGUCAUUUCACGCAGUUUGGGGAUGAACUUAUACGGGAUUUUGAUGAGGAGGGUGUUGGGCAUCAGGUCUGUUGGUUGACUCCGGGGGAGUCAAAGAAGCUUCUAUAA